AUGCGACGCCUUGGGCGGAAAACCGUGGCAGCGGCAUUGAAGGCACCAGCCGGCACCACUAUUCACCGAUGUCCAUUCGUUUUUUUGCUGGCGAUUGUCGUCGCCGGCGGCUCUGGCCCCCCGAAAGUGAGAGGAGGCCGCAGCGUCUGGGGCCGUGGGCCGCCCGCAUUUUCAGAGCGGCGCCGCCAGCCCCCGGCGGCAGUCGGUUUGCGCCCAGCUGCUUUCGUCCUGCGCAGCCAGCCGGGGGCGUAUGUUCUGCCGCGCCCGCACCCAGCUGGGGCCGAGGUUUUCUUUUCUCACAUUUCCGCUUCUUGGGGGGCGCGUGCCGCGGUGGUGGCCGGCCUGCGGGUCACCCGGCAACUCGCAGAGGGCUGGGAGAGGGGGCUGGCUUCAAACAAAGCAGCCGGUGCCCCAGCGGGCGGUAGUUCGCAACAACCGGUGGCAGCGCGUUGA